AUGAGAGGAAUUGCAAUACUUGAAAAGAAAUUGCAAAGUCUUCGGCGCUUAGUAAGUGAAGAACCAAAACUUAAUCUCCGUGUACCUAAUACCAUUGAGAAUGAUAUCACAAUAAAAAAGCGCAAACGUACGCAACGAUUGGUUGAUAAGGAGAUUAAAGAAGCUAAAGUUGAAGAUACCAAAGAUGAUGACUACCAGAAUAAGAAAGGCAAGAAUUUAAUGAGCCCAGACCACGAACUCGUAACAGAUAAUCCCCCACAGUCUGAUAGCGAUGAACGUUUGCAGCAUGGCUCGCCGGAAGAAGAAAAGCAAGGCGGUUGUGUGAUAAUGUAAGUGACCGGAUACAAGCAUCCAAAUACUAUUUUUUGUAUUUAAAUAAAAAUAUACAUGUAUUUAUACCCAUUUAAUUUGUGUAUGUAUAUUAUGUAUUAUUAUACAUGAUGGUAUUUCACCAUCGUUUCAAUAAACUUCACUUAUAUUCUAUUUUAAUAUUAACUGUAAAAAUAAUUAUGCUAUAUAAAACAUUGUAUUAGUAGUCAUGAAGCCACAACCAGCUAUCCAUAACUUUAACACAAGGUCUGAAAAUCUAAUACUUCCAAAGUUAUACCGUAAAAUACUGUAGCAGCUAUCUGAUAACUGGAAUAGGAUAGUAUGAAAA